AUGUCAACGUCCGACGAGAAAGUGAUAGUGGUAGACUUCGAUGGUGAUCACCCCCAAGACUGGCCGGCAAGUCGAAAAUGGACCCUCAUGGCGACCAUCGCAAUCCCGCUAUUCCUCAUGCCCUUGUCAUCGACAAUGACAACUCCAACAGUCAAUGCAAUUGCAGAUGAAUUCCACACAACCUCUUCCAUCACCGGUCCAUUGGCACUAUCAUUGUUCCUGCUCAUGUACUCCAUGGGACCAAUCUUACUCGGGCCGUUCAGUGAACUCUACGGCCGAUGGCCUGUGUUGCAGGUUGGCAGUCUUUUCUACCUAUUCUUCAAUCUCGGCGCUGGGUUCAGCACAAGCAUGACCCAGUUGUUGAUAUUCCGACUAUUGAGCGGGACAGGAGCGAGUGCAUCACUAGCUGUCGGGUCCAGUAUAGUGGGUGAUGUCUUCCGCAAAGAAGAGCGCGGGCUACCCGUCGCUCUAGUCAGUCUCGGUCCAGUCCUGGGAUCAUGUCUCGGUCCCAUUGUCGGCGGAUUCAUCGCAGACUAUACCACGUGGCGCUGGGCGUUUUGGUCCACUUCCCUAGCCGCGGGUGCAUUUCUGGUGGUGUGUUUUAUCGUUGCACGAGAGACAUACGCACCUAUCCUGCUGCUGCGCAAAAAAGCAACUUUAAUGGCUGAGACAAGCAGACAAGGCAAAGACGAUGGCUCUGUCUGGAAGACCCCGUUUGAAAAAGAUGAGACAGUCGGCCAGCUAUAUAGACGUACUAUCUCUCGGUCCGUAUACUUCCUCGGCACGCAGCCCAUUAUCCAAGCGCUAGCUUGCUACUAUGGCUAUCUUUACGGAAUUGUCUACCUCCUUCUUUCCGGCUUCUCGGAUCUUUGGACGACACGUUAUCAUAUGAAUGUCAGCACCGGUUCCCUCCACUACAUUGCACCGUGCAUUGGCUACGCCGUUGGUGCUCAGAUCUGUGCUUUUCUGACCGACCGAGUGUAUCGGUACCAAGUAGCUAAGAACAAUGGUGUGGGGAAACCCGAGUUCCGGCUACCGAUUAUGGUACCGGCUUCGUUUCUGGUUCCUAUUGGAUUGCUGAUUUACGGCUGGAGUGCAGAGUACCAGACUCAUUGGAUUGUGCCGGAUAUCGGUAUUGCACUCCCACUCAUGGGCGCAACUAUCAUCUUCCAGUGUUGCAGCCAGUAUCUGCUGGAUACUUUCCCUGUCUAUGCUGCCAGUGCCAAUGGCGCUGUCUAUAUUGUGCGAGGAUUCACGGGCUUUGGGUUCCCGUUGUUUAGUCCGGUGAUGUACGAGAAACUUGGAUAUGGAUGGGGAAAUAGCUUGUUGGCGUUUUUGGCUUUGGCGAUUGGAUGUCCUAUUCCUUUUAUCUUGUGGAAGUAUGGAGAGAAGCUGAGAGCACUGAGCAACUUUGCAGAGAAAUAA